CACACAGAGCCGUGAAUGCAGCAAAAUGCUGCGUAUAAAAUGUGAAGAAGAAUUUUUUUUUCAAUUCUUUUUUUUGAUGUUUUGAUUUUUUUACCGCAAAAAAAAAUUAUUGAACUCGCAUAAAAUCCGCUUAAAAAUCUACAAACGACUUCGGUUGUCGGCCGUAAUGUCAUGCAUUUGACAUUAGCACAACGAUUUGUCAGUGUUGUUUGUCUCUUUCGCACGGAGCCGUAUGUGUAAAUUGUUCGCACGACUAUUCAUUUAAUUAGUCCAACAUUUGACACAUUGAAUGAAAUUCUCUAGUUAAUAAGUUAGAAAUUAAUUAUUCGAUUUCGAAUUCAAAGGAAAGACCUAAAAAAAAACUAUCGGGAAAUUUCUGCUUAAGUGAGUUGGUGAAAACAGGAAAAAAAAGAAAUCAUGUCGAACACACGAACCAGCACAGUGGAACGAAAUGGGAAUAGCAGCAAAGGUAUAAAAUUAGCAUCUCCGUGGUCUCGUGCCAUCACCAGCAAUUCAGAAUGGCAAGAUAAGGACGAGUUUCUCGAUGUUGUUUAUUGGUCUCGACAAGUAUUAGGUAUCAUAAUCGGUAUUAUCUGGGGCAUCAUUCCAUUGCAAGGUUUCACCGCGAUCGCACUUUUCGGCGCUAUAAAUUGCGGCAUCGUGUAUUUGUAUUGUUUAAACUUUCAAAAAAUCGACGAGGAUGAGUACGGUGGCAUUUGGGAGUUGCUGAAAGAAGGAUUUAUGACAUCAUUUGCCUGCUUUUGCGUCACAUGGAUCGUUUUCUUCACUGGUCUACACUUUGAUGAUGUCAACACACCGACCAGCCUCUGAAACCGACCAUCAUACACACACACACACAUAAUCGACGUUUUGUCCACAACGCCAAUUCAACACAGCAAUAAAUCGAUUGACAUCAAUCUUCAUUUUUCGAUUCGAAACGAUUUUUGGAGACACACACACACUUAGAAAUAGAAUGCAAAAUUCGGCCACGGAAACAAUCGCUGUAAUAUUUUUAUCGAUCAGUUUUAAGAUGAAUCGCUAAACAAGCUUUAGACUUAUUUAAGACUUGAAUAUGGUGAACUAAAUAUUUAAAAGAAACACUCCUCAAACUAAUCGUAAUGAAUAUUUAUAUUGAAAUGAAUGAAAAGAAUUCAAAUACCAAACGUUUGAAAUAAAUUUUUUGAGAUUACAUCGAACAUUUUA